AUGAGUCGGUUGGGAUAUCGACACGAGUCGACGCCGGGCGUUCGCGGCGCGGGUUUUUCAGAGCUGGUGGAAGGGAAAGUGGAGGUGAUUAGGGAGAAGAGCGUCGAGAAGAGCGCGUACGCUCGACUGGUACAAGAUUUGAGCAAACUUGACGAGGAAACAUCACUGAGCGUUGCCGUGAGAGGUCUCGUCGAGGCCAAGAAGGAGGCGCUGGAGCGCUGUUUGUCCGAGCUGGAGGAGCUGAAAAAGGGUGUGAAAGAAGAGGGAAGUCAUCGCGAGGUCGCUUGUUCUUCUCGAGAGAUAUCGCCACGUGUACAGGAUAUUCGGUGUCGAGUGGACGAAAUUAGCAGGGAGGUGACCCUGCUUAGAGAGGAAAUCGAGCGCUAUACGAAGCUGGAAAGCGGAGAAAGAAUUCGAUGUGUACACGACGAUCGAUGCGAGGCGGUAGAGUUGGAGAAAAUGGACGAGUUGGUGACUUAUUGGACGGACUUCGACUGUUCGGACUGGCAUCCGUCGAGCUUCAACGUGAUCGGUUCAGCGCGAAUUGACGAACCGUUCGAUAUCUACGCGCUAGGAGAGAUGUCCGCCGAUCAAAAAGAAAAGUUCUUCGAGUCCGUGAGAAUUUUCUCGGAAGAGUGCAACCGAGUGGAGGGAUUUCAGUUGUUCAUCGACGCGGAUACGGCGUACGGGGCAAUCUCGAACCAGGUGGUGGUCGAAAUCCAAGACGAGUAUCCCAAGGCGUCCAAAAUCUCGUAUCCGCUCAUGAACACAAAGGGACUCUCGUCGGGAAGAAACGAGGCCGAGAAAAAAAAAAUUCGCCAUGUCAAUAGAGCCGUUACGUUUUCGAAAACACAACUUUUCUCUGACUUGGUUGUUCCCAUCGACGACACCGAUUUCAGCUCGUCUCUGUUUCCGGAGCUGAGCGUCGACCUGGACUCCGUCUUUCACAGAUCAGCUCUCCUCGCCUCGGCCAUCGACUCGUCUACUCUGCCCUAUCGGUUCGUCUGCGAUGGCGUGCAGUUUCCCUCGUUUGUCAGAACGCUGGCGUGGAGUCCAUCUUGCAACGUGGCGAGUUUGUUUUGUGCUGUACCGUUUUUGACAGGUUCGUCCAGCUUUCCCUCCUCGGCGGAUCCGCUCUACAGGGCACCGUUCUCGGUUCCCUUUUUUCCUCUGUCUGGAAAGUUCGCGUCGCGCCAGUGGCCUCCCUAUUGCGAGAGUCUCGUCGUUCGCGGGUUGCCGACCUACGUCGAGGACGAGCACUCGCGCACCGUCAACAACAGGCAUCGAGUCUUCGACGCGCUGGCGCAGUACUCGUGCCUGCGCAGACACUCCAUGCUGAGGAGCGAGGGGCUGCCCGUGCCCGCCGCUUAUCCGCAGUUCUUCAGCAACGACAGCUUUAUUUCUUCGGUACAAAGGAGAAAUAAAAAGUUCGUUCACUCAGCUCGACUUCUCUCGCACCUGCAGACGACGGCGGCGUGCCGCGGGUACCUCCAGACGCUGGCCGUCGACGUGAAGCAGAGUUCGUGUCCCGCGUCGAUGGGCAUAGACAGGCAAGAGCGCUCGGAGACGGAAGAACAGCUUUUGAACCUGGUCGACGAAUACAAGUCGUGA